ACGUGGAAGUUUCGAGCGAAGAAAACUCCACUCUGCUCCUCCAUUUUCCCCAUCUCUUUUUUGUGCAUUCUUCUUCUACAUUGACCACCACCCCCAUCUCUUCCAUUUUCCCAUUUCCCAUCUCUUCUACUCUCAAACGCGCUUUCUCUUUCUCUUCUUCCAGGUUUGUUUUCCCCUCUCUCUCCCCCCCCACCCUUCAAUUUCCAUCUUCUCAAAUCUCUAUCAUCCUCUAAUUCACCCGCUCCCUCUUUCUAGGGUUUCUUUCUUUUCUUGAUUUCACCGCCUCUCUUGGGUUUUGAGGACAAUGAGCGAUCACCUCGUCCUUUACGUUGAUAAUUUGAUUCCACCAGCUCCUCCACUUCAACCUGCAUCCGACCUCCUUCAUCCUCAACCCUCUGAGGCUCUUCCGGACUCCCCUGCGCCUGCGCCUGCGCCUGGUCCUUCCUGUUCUACUGCAACCGCUCAUGAUCGGACGGUUGAGACGGAUGCUCCCAAUGAGGAUGACCCUCUCAUUCAGGUGGCUGAGUGCCGUAUUUGUCAGGAAGAAGACAGUCUCAAUAAUUUAGAAACUCCCUGUGCUUGUAGUGGUAGUCUUAAGUACGCUCAUAGAAAAUGCGUUCAACAUUGGUGCAAUGAGAAAGGAGACAUAACUUGUGAGAUAUGUCAUCAGCCUUAUCAACCUGGAUAUACUGCACCACCUCGUUCUGAAGAAACUGCUAUUGAUAUGGAGGGAAGAUGGACAAUUGCUGGUAAUCCAUUAGACCUGAGAGAUACUCGGCUAUUGGCCAUUGCAGAGGCAGAACGACAUUUCUUGGAAGCUGAUUAUGAUGAUUAUGCUGCUUCAAAUGACAGUGGAGCUGCAUUUUGUCGAUCAGCUGCUCUUAUUCUAUUAGCCCUUCUCCUUCUUCGCCAUGCAUUGACCAUAACAGAUCCUGACGGUGAUGAUGAUGCAUCUGCCUUUUUCUCUAUUUUUAUGCUUCGUGCUGCUGGUUUUCUCUUACCUUGCUACAUCAUGGCCUGGGCCAUUAGUAUCUUGCAACGUCGAAGACAAAGACAGGAGGCAGCAGCAUUGGCUGCAACACAAGUGGCGUUUGUACUACAACAUGGACAGCAUAGAGGUUUACAAUUUGCAAUUGCAUCAACAGGACCGCCGCCCCUCACCCCUCAUCCUCAUCCUCAUUCUCACCCUCACCCUCACCCUCACCCUCCCCCUCCCCCUCACACUGCAGUUUGAACCUUAACCAAUCAUAUUUUUUGCUGCUGUUAUCUGGGGAUUGUUUUCCGUCUUCCAUAAACCAGGUACCCUCACUAACAAACUCUCGUCAAUUCUUUCUGCUUUGCGGCGAAUCUAUCUUGUUCAUAUUCUAUUAAACCUAUUCGGUACUUUCUUAGGAGCUACGCAGAAAACCUCAGUGCCUUGAAUUAUGUACAUUUUGUUUUAAUAUGGUAAACAACGAAGAUAUUUACAAGGAAAAGUAGGGGAUUUCCUGUUUCUUGUGCAAUUUGUUGACGAUCUUAUGACUUUGGGUAUAAAAUGUUAAAUAAAAAAGUAGUAUGAGUUUUCUUUUAGAGCUUAAUUUUUCUAGAGUUCAUCAACACAUUGCUGGUGAAGUUAAAAUGGAUGUUGAUAUAUUAAUAUUAUAAUUGAAAUGCAUGUAUGCAGGAGAAAUUAGCAUUGAUAAAAAUGGUCAAUAAACGUGGAUGCACAUAAAUUCAUGUUAAGAUUGAUUCGAAAUUAUUUCUAGUUAUUUAAUUUAAUUUAAUAUUAUUGGCUUUUGGUGAAAUGAAUGCUAUAAUCGGAUUGCAUGACAAAUGAAUGCGUUCAUGUUGGAGCAUAAAUAGGGGCGAACUUUGGACCAAACCGAUUUUUUAAAAUAAAUAUGUAUACAAAACUGAACCAAACCAAAUGGAACCUUUGGAUUUCAAAAUUGAUUUUGAUGGUUGAAGAUCAAGAGAGAUGGAGGCAUGUCAGAGUUCCAAUGGAGACGGAAAGAAAGAAGAUGAAGAGAGAUGGAAGAAGAGGUCCGAGAUGGUGCUUUGAAAGAAGAUAGGAGGAAUUUGCGAGGGAUGGAGGGAGGGGGAAGCGGCUGCUAAUGGGUAAACAAAAAUAGAAGCAACAAACCCCUAACCUAUAAUAUACUUUUAAUAAAUAAAAUUAUAUAAUCUUGUUUAUUGUAAACGUUUUUGAAUUUUGCACCUAAAUGAGUUCGAUUCCAUUUUGGCAAUCGAUUCGAUUUCUACAA